AUGGCCACAAAAGAUGCCUGCGGCGCCGCCCCCGGCACCCACGCAACGCACAAGCCCCUCCCCAAAGAAGAAGCCUGGAAACACCGUCCCCCGUAUCUAAUCCAGGCCCCCGAGGAUUUCGGGGAAAUCAAAUGGCGCGGGAAAUGCCAUUGCGGACAGAUUAGUUACUCAUUGAAUAUGGAGAGGCCGCUGAAUGCCAAGUUUUGUCAUUGUAGGGGGUGUCAGUUGAUGCACGGAGCACCCUUCCAAUGGGCCGCCAUAUUCCCCAAAUCCAGCAUAACAUUCGACCGCGGCGUGCGUGGGCUGGAAUUCUACUGCUCCUCGCACUACACGCGCGAAUACGAAGUCCCAGCAAAGGUGUCGUGUUCGUACUGUCGAACGCCGAUUAUGGACGAGGGGCGGAAUGUGUGUUUGUUGUUUCCGGAGAGUAUUGAGUUUGGCAAGGACGAGGAGGAGUUUGAUAGGGUUAAGGAGUGUUUUGAGGUUUCGUCGCAUAUCUUUUAUAGUAAACGAAUGGUGGAAAUUCCGGAUGGGAAGCCCAAAUGGGCCGGGAUGGAUGAGGCAAGUGAGCUGUUGGAUGACUAUGGGAAUGUGAAGCCUGAGUAG